GCUCGCUCCGCGCAGGCGCAGCCGCGGCCCCGCCCCCUCCCCCUGAGGGUCCAAGAUGGCGGCGGCGGCUCCGGGCGGGGGAAGCGGCAACAACGGCGGGAAUAACGCCGGGAACAGCGCCGGGAACAACGGCGGCAUGGAGGUGGAUGGCGCGGGAGCCCCCCAGGUGAUGGCGGGGGGGGUCACGGGCAGCGUGUCCGUGGCCCUUCACCCCCUCGUCAUCCUCAACAUCUCCGACCACUGGAUCCGCCUGCGCUCCCAGGAGGGCAGGAACGGCCAAGUGAUCGCGCUGAUCGGGCGCCAGGAGGGCCGGAACAUCGAGGUGAUGAAUUCCUUCGAGCUGCUGGGUUUGGGGUCUGGGGAGCAGCUGCUCAUCGACAAGGAGUACUACUACACCAAGGAGGAGCAGUUCAAGCAGGUGUUCAAGGACCUGGAGUUCCUGGGCUGGUACACGACGGGGGGGCCCCCCGAGCCCGCCGACAUCCACGUGCACAAACAGGUGUGUGAGAUCAUCGAGAGCCCCCUGUUCCUGAAGCUCAACCCCAUGACCAAACACACUGAUCUCCCCGUGAGCGUCUUCGAGUCCGUCAUCGACAUCAUCAACGGGGAGGCCACGAUGCUGUUUGCAGAGCUGCUCUACACCUUGGCCACCGAGGAGGCCGAGAGGAUCGGGGUGGACCACGUGGCCAGGAUGACGGCGACCGCGGCGGCGAGAAGCAGCACCGUGGCAGAGCACCUGAUAGCCCAGCACAGCGCCAUCAAGAUGCUGCACAGCCGCGUGCGCCUCAUCCUCGAGUACGUCCGCGCCGCCGAGGCCGGGGAGGUGCCUUUCAACCACGAGAUCCUGCGCGAGGCCUGCGCGCUCUGCCACUGCCUGCCCGUGCUCAGCACAGACAAGUUCAAAACCGACUUCUAUGACCAAUGCAACGACGUGGGGCUCAUGGCCUACCUGGGCACCAUCACCAAGACCUGCAACACCAUGAACCAGUUCGUGAACAAAUUCAACGUCCUCUACGACCGGCAGGGCCUGGGGCGCCGCAUGCGGGGGCUCUUCUUCUGAGGGGAGGGGGAGACCCCAAAACCUCCCCCAGACCCGCUUUGGGGGGGGGAGAGACCCCAAACAACCCCCCAGAGCUGCUUUGGGGGGGGGGAGACCCUAAACAACCCCCCAGACCCGCUUUGGG